AUGGGAAGAAUGAAGGAUUAUAUGCGCGAAUUGCCGGACGAAAUCCUUGAGAAGAUAAUUUCGUAUUUGCCGCUAAAUGAAGCAGCUGCGACAAGCAUCCUCUCUACAAGAUGGAGACACCUAUGGAAAACUGUCGACUAUCCAAUUUUCGACAUUGAUAUUCAACGCUUAAUCUCGAUCAAUCGACGCAAUAAAUCACUCGGAGAAAAAAGAAUUUUCUGUUUAGUAUCCGCGAUCUUGGAUCAAUACCAAGGCUCAACUAUAGAUGAACUCAGAAUCCGUUUUCCUCACACCUCGGUGGUUAACUUCUGGUCUUCGGAUGAUAUGACGCCGGUUAUUAGUUGGAUUAAUACAGCUUUUCAAAAAAGAGUUAAAAAUCUGGAACUAGACUUGCAAGUAUUUGUUCGUAAAGCUAUUGAUAUACAUUCACAUUUGCUUCCUUGUAAUUUUAUCUCUCUCGUCUCCCUUCGCCUCGUAGCUCUCACAUAUUUGUCGCACUCAUUGAUCCACUACUUUUUAUCUAAUUGUCCUUUUUUACGGGAGUUGUACAUGGAAAGAAUUACUAGUUUGCCCGACCUCAUCAUUUGUGGUCCGAAGCUAAAACAUUUUACUUUAAUUGAUUCAGAUGUCGAGUCUCUAGAAAUUUCAGCGCCGAAUCUAGUGUCUUUCGAGUUUAGCAACGAUAUUGAGCCAACCAUUUGCUUUAAAAAUACGCCGUCGCUCAAGCAUGUAUCUUUGGAGGGAUAUGACUCUUAUGUGCCUCUUGUGAGUGGAAAUCUAGACCCUAUUUUGAAUUUAGUAUCUCACCUCGACUCGCUUGCAUUGACACAAAGUGACGAGCCAGAAAUAAGUUGGAGGCGUCCUUUCCUAAAUUUUCCUACCCUCGGAAGUCUUAAGCAAUUGCAGCUCUCUACAUGUCAUUAUAAUGCUGUAGCACUCGACACUCUGAUUCUAUUGCUAAAUGCUUCGCCCGAGUUGAUUAAAUUAUCGGUCAUCAUUUUGGAAGAUGAGUUUGGUGGGAGCAAAUCAGAGCGGAAUUGCUUUACUAUGUGUUCGCAUCAUCAUCAUCAGCGGCUUGAGGUGGUGGAAAUAGUUGGAUUUGGAGGCUCAGAGCGGGAGAUAGAAUUCGCGGGGUGCUUAGCUGACUAUGCUGCUGCUUCGAUCAAGAAGAUAAUAGUACAUCCUGGCGACUCAAAGGCGGGGCUGCUUCAACUGAGACGUAGGCUACCUUCCGCUGUGAAGUUGCAUAUAUUUUAG